UCCCACACAACGCACACGAAAGUUGUGAAACUGGUGUUGUUGGGCUGAGAUAAUGGCGAAGAAGAAGGAGCUGCUAUCGAAAGCGCCGUGGAGAGGCGACGACGAUGAUUCCGACAAGUUCAGCGACGCGAAGCUCAAGGUCACUAGAGAAUCCGGUGGCACUUCCACCAUGCACGUCCCUCGCCGCCGAUCUGAUGGCUCCGCCGCCAACGAUGACGAUUCCCUCGAAAUUGAUCCUGAGCUUCGCUACAGCUUUCAGCGAAACUACCAGUUUCUUCAAAGAGUGUUCACCAUUGAUACUUUGGUGAAGCCUCUUCCUCCUGCAAUGGCAUACAAUGUCUCCCGCAACUUGAGCUUCUUCACCCGCAUUUUCACACAGUUCUUUGAUCCCGAAGGCAUUGCAAACGCUCAAAAAUCUCUGGGGUUGGGGCAGGAAGAGAAAGCUCGCCGGGUUCGCUGAGAGCAACCAUCUAGGAGAGGCCUUGGGAAUGAAACCUCCAGUGUAUCUUUGAUUGUUUUCAUUAGGGUUUCGACAAUGUUGUCAGGAUGUUUGUUAUGAUUUCUCAAGUUCAAUGAAAUUUCCUUAUCCUCUUGAUGUUA